GACGGUGGUGCUGCUCUUGCUCUCUCGCAGCUCUGGAGGAUGCAGCGGGGUGGAUGGAGGAGGAGGAGGAGGAGGUGAAAGACUGGAAGGCGGUGAACAGAAUGAACGGGUCCGGAGAGGGGAAGGAUGCGGAUUACGAUAGCCCGUCGGUCAAGGAUGGUUUCGGUCUUUGGAAAGGAGGAUUUGCGGAGAAAACGAGCCAGGCCUGCGGUUUGUUGAUUUGCUGAGCGCAGAGAGGGAGCGUGUAGUUCACCCGUCGCCUCACAUUAUCUGUGACACCGAGGGCUGCCAGGGUUAAUUGUCAGGGUGAUUGCAUGUCCAGUAUGUACGUACAUGUUGCUUUUUCCUAGUAUUGACUGGUUUCUUCUUUAAGAAAACUGGAGAAAAACACAGUGACCCUGUCCCUCUUCAUGUUUGUGCCAUCAUGGUUUUAGCCGUCAUUUUGGCAUCAUCACCAGCUGAUCUGUUCUCCUUUGCGACUGCAGACAGGAUGUCAAACUGAACAAAGCGCCACAACUUACUCAUUAAAAUUGCAACUUUACUGAGUUUAAACAUGGAUGCGUCGACGCUACAGCCCUGCUGGCUGACGGCUCUAUUCAUAUGGACGGUGUUGUGUCUGCUCAGCCACGGUCACUCCGCGCCGGACGCCUUGGGCCUGCCUCUAGCCAUCCGCGUACCACUGCGGCAAGUCGCUCGCGUCAAUUCGCCUCGUUCGCCUGCCGCUGCCGCCAACACGGGGAUACGCGCUGUGCGCAAGCGGAGAGGAGCGGCAGCAGGCGGUGUAAGCUUCGUGGACAUGAUUGACAACCUGCGUGGAAAGUCAGGUCAGGGAUACUACGUGGAAAUGGCUGUGGGCUCUCCUCCGCAGAAGUUGAACAUCCUGGUGGACACAGGAAGCAGUAACUUUGCAGUUGGAGCAGCUGCUCAUCCUUUCCUGCGGAGAUACUACCAUCGUUCACUCUCUGGCUCGUACCGUGACCAGGGCAGGAGCGUGUAUGUUCCCUACACCCAGGGCCGCUGGGAGGGGGAGCUGGGCACCGACCUGGUCUCUGUGCCGCAUGGGCCUAACGCCACACUACGAGCUAACAUCGCUGCUAUCACCCAGUCUGACCGCUUCUUCAUCAAUGGAUCAAACUGGGAGGGAAUACUGGGACUGGCCUACGCUGAUAUAGCUCGGCCUGACGAGACAUUGGAACCUUUCUUUGACUCUUUGGUUCGUCAGACUUCUGUCGCCAACCUCUUCUCCCUCCAGUUGUGUGGAGCUGGCUUCACCCAAAACUACUCCUUGGGCAGUGCGACUGUCGGCGGCAGCAUGAUCAUUGGAGGAGUGGAUCCAUCGCUGUACGUGGAAGAGCUUUGGUACACUCCCAUCCGCAGGGAGUGGUACUAUGAGGUAAUUAUCGUACGUAUUGAGGUGAAUGGACUGGACCUCAACAUGGACUGUAAGGAGUACAACUAUGAUAAGAGCAUCGUGGACAGCGGCACCACCAACCUUCGGCUGCCCAGAAAAGUCUUCCAGGCUGCAGUCAAGGCUAUUGAGGCAGCUUCUUCGACGGAGCAGUUUCCCUCUGGCUUCUGGCUCGGGGAGCAGCUCGUAUGUUGGCAGGCCGGCACAACACCUUGGAACAUCUUCCCGGUCAUAUCGCUCUACCUGAUGAGUGAAAACCACAACCAGUCCUUCAGAAUCUCCAUCCUACCGCAGCAAUACCUACGACCAGUAGAGGAUGUGGCCUCUGCCCAGGAGGACUGCUAUAAGUUUGCCGUGUCCCAGUCCAGCACUGGUACAGUGAUGGGUGCGGUCAUCAUGGAGGGCUUCUAUGUGGUUUUCGACCGGGAAAAGAAACGUAUCGGCUUUGCUGUUAGCAAGUGUCAUGUUCACGAUGAGUUCCGCUCAGCCCGAGUGGAAGGCCCGUUCCAUGGUGUUGACCUGGAGGACUGCGGCUACAACAUCCCUCAGACGGAUGAGUCCACUCUUAUGACCAUCGCCUACAUCAUGGCAGGGAUCUGCGCUCUCUUUAUGCUGCCGCUUUGUCUCAUGGUGUGCCAGUGGCGCUUCGCCCGCUGUCUCCACCCGCAUGGGGACUUUGCUGACGACAUAUCCCUCCUGAAGUGAAGGAAGGAAAAAGGGACUGAAGAGACUUUUAUUAAAAACGCAGGGUAGAGAAGGAAUUUGGUAAAAGGGAUGCUUAUUGUUACAAAUGUUGGUGCUGUUGAAACAGAGCUUUGAAAAUUUUAUUCAGGAGUUUAAUAUAUACGAGUAUAACAGUACGUUUACACAGUGAACAGUGCUGCCCUGAGAUUGCAGAGCACUGAUGUAAUCUUCAGCCGUUACUAACCUGAGGGAUAGAGAAAGUUGUUGUCAUCAGCGUCAACUUUAAGCUUGUUUAAGCUACCGUUGCAGAUCAGCAGGGCGAGAGAGACAGAGAUGGGAAAAACAUGAGAAAGAAAAUCUGCUCUUCUUAUAAAUAGUGUAUAAAUAGACCACAGAGACGGUGGUUUCAAAGAUUCGUCUCUCAACAUUACAGAGUUCUAUAACAUGAAUUAAAAAAAAGAAAGCAGACAUUUAAAAAUGUUGCUAAAUUAAGAAUUCACAACAUGGAUGUCAUUUAAAGCUGGGGAUCUAUGAUAUAGUCAGGCAUGGUUUGUUAUGGUAUGAUUUGACUCUAUGAGUGUAUGAUAAUAUGUGUGUUUAGAUCUACUGUUUGUGGCUUAUAUGAAUGAAUGUUGACGUGUGAGCAUGCCUGUAUGUGUGCACAGCUGUUCUGUAAGUGAAGAGUAUACAGAGAGAUUCAAUGAAGAUGGUACUACUGAGAAUUAACAGCAUCUAUUAAAUUACACUAUUUUGCAAAUGCCAGCAACUAAUUCUGCAAUGCAAACCAAGCAUAAAAAGGCUGAUUUGAUGAAAAAUACAACUGUAACAGCAUUUACUGCAGAAACUCAGUUUGCUUAGUGUUGAACUGAAACUACUGAACACAGUUAAUAUCAGAUGUCACUUUCUUCUCUUAUAUUUAUAGCCUGAAUAUAACUAUUGUACACACAAUUUGUGCAUUCCAGAUCCUCUAUUUGUGCAGGCACAUACACACACACAAAAACACACACAUACACAGAGACACAGCCAUACACAUUGCUUUUUUUUACCGCUGCACCAUUUGAUGAUUUGCACAUGUCACACAGUACAUGUAAACAAACUCAGACUUGAUAGGGCUUCUUUUGCAAACAGCCUAACUCACCACAUUUUUAAUGGGGACCAUAUAUGCUUGGACAAGGAAACCAGCCAAAAGUACGUAUACACUCAAGAACGCUAUGUAUGUCAACAAGGGACUGUUUGUAUUGUCCUUCAGCAAGUUGUAAAUAGAUAAACUCAAAACUGUAUAUUUAUCUGUCAGGCGCUGGCAGCACUGUUGAACCAAUAAAGUACUUACUGUAACUGUAA